UCUUCAUAUAAGUAGAUGAAAAUAUUCACAACAAUGUCUCAGUUCUUGAUUUACACUCAUCAUGAAGUUUCACUGUGUCUUCGUUUUUUUUUCUUCUGCUGUUUUCAAUGUUCGCGCCCAAAAUUUUUACUAUCCAGGAUAUACUCAAAGUCCGCAAAAUUAUUACCCAAGACCUUGGAAUGAUAACAGAAAUAAUUAUAAUAAUUUUAAUGUUAACAAUUAUGACAUUCAUCACAGAAAUAAAGAAUAUGACAGGCCUUUAAUUGAUGCUCCCUUUAUGGCUUUAAUAUUUGCCGAUCAUUCAUUUGAAGAAUAUCCAUUUAUGACUGGAGUAAUCAUUAAUAAUUAUUGGAUUUUAACGACUGCAAAGACUCUCGCAAUUCAAGAAGGAAAACGAUUGAAAGUUUUUACUGGUGUGCAUAAUUUUUCUUCUAUUGACGAACGUUAUGCUAACUUUGUUACUCGUGUCGUUCCACAUCCAAACUAUAGACCAGAGGAGGUGUAUUAUGACAUUGGACUUGUUAAGGUACAAAGACCGAUUGAUUUUAAUCAGUGGCAGACGCGCAUUGUUCUAAUUUCUCAAAAUGAGCUUUCUCUUCACAUGCAUUAUAACCCAAUGAAGAAUUUGACUGUUUAUAACUAUGGAAGUUUUAACGAGUCAUCAUAUGGUGUUUUGAAAGAAGAUGUUAUUCCUGUCAAUACUGCUGUGGUCGAUUUCAGAGAUCAUAUUUUUAUAGCCGCUUAUAGAACGAUACGAACAUGCUAUGGCGACUCUGGCAGUCCAGCGGUAGUCGACGGAAGAUUGGUUGGACUUUUAAUAAUUGAAGAUCGUUGUUUUAACAAUUUUCCAAAUGUCUUUAUCAGUAUUUCACAUUUUUACGAUUGGAUAAUGAAAGAAACGAAACCAAAUUAUCAAUUUAAUAAGUAAUAAAUUAUAAUAAAUUAUGUUUAUUUAAAAAAAA